CCCAGACGCUCUCAGUACAGCACAACAUGUGAACUGCCUUGUCCUCCUGCUCGUCCAUCUCUAUCUUCUCCUACUACCACUUCGUCUAGUAAAAAGGUACAAUGUCAGAUCAAAGCUCGACGAAGAAGAUUGGUGGUGAAUUCGGGGAGGUUCGUGCGAACAUCGACGUGGACAAGCUGAACAAGUAUUUCGAAGAAAAGGUUCCGUCCGUCAAGGCUCCCGUCGAGGUUAAGCAGUUCAAGUUUGGACAGUCCAACCCAACCUACUUCCUCACCGACUCCACCGGCCAUCGCUUCGUCCUUCGAAAAAAGCCUGCUGGUGCCCUCCUCUCUAAAACGGCACACCAAAUCGAACGUGAAUACACAAUUCUGACCGCUAUCCAUAAGCACAAUGUUCUACCCACUACGGCCCCUGAACGCCGUGUGCCUGUACCAGAACCAUACGUUCUGUGUGAGGACGAAGGUGUUAUUGGGACUCCAUUUUAUGUUAUGGAGUUCUUGGAUGGGAGGAUAUUUACGGAUGUGAGGAUGGAGGAGGUUGGGCCUCAGGAUCGGAGGGAAUGCUGGCUCUCCGCAAUCCGCGCCCUCGCCGCCCUCUCCUCCCUCUCCCCCUCCACCCUCGGCCUCUCCUCCUUCGGCCCCUCCACCCCCUACUUCCCCCGCCAAAUCAAAUCCCUAACCCACGUCUCCCUCGCCCAAUCCCUCGCCGUCGACAUCGACACCGGCAAACCCACCGGCAAAAUCCCCCUCUUCGACGAAAUGGUGGAAUGGUACACGGCUAACCUGCCUGACGAGCGGAAAACGGGGCUGAGGAUCGUGCAUGGGGAUUAUAAGCUUGAUAAUAUGGUGUUUCAUCCGACGGAGAAUAGGGUUAUUGGGAUAUUGGAUUGGGAGUUGUGUACUUUGGGGAGUCCGCUCGCAGACCUCGCAAAUAUGACCUCCCCAUACUCGAUCGACCUCCGCACCCUCCGCGAACAAACCCCCACCUCCGGCCCCGACCCCCUCGAGUUCUCACUCAUCCGCGCCUUCAAGAACGCACCACGAGACCAGGUUCCGAUCUCACUCGAGGAGCUGGAGAGGGAGUAUUGCAGGUUGACUGGGCAGCAGUACCCGAUUGUGGAGAUGGUGUUCGUGAGGAGUUGGAUGUUGUUCAGGCUCGCGAUUAUCUCGCAAGGUAUAGCAGCGCGUUACGCGCGCCGACAAGCAUCCUCCGAAAAAGCGUUCAUCCAUCCGAUUAUGUUCCCUAUCGUGGGCAUGCUCGCGCGGAAGGUCCUAGAGGACGAGGGGAUCGAGGUUCGGCCGAAGAAUGGGGCGCUGGAAGGCAAGACGAAGCUUUAGGUGUUUGGGUGAGGUUGGUGCUGGUGCUGAGCGGUGGUGUGAAAACACAGCGACUAGGGCAGUCUCAAGACGGUCUAUUUCUUGGUGGGUUUGGUUUUUCUUGUACGUUAUUCCUUCAAAUGCAAUAUCUCUC